UUUCUCUUGUACAAGGCAUCUUACUCGCUUCCCUUAGUAUCCCAUUUCAUUGAUACUACAAUCCCAACCGAGACCGUUCAGACGCCCUCUCUUCUUUCCAGUGUUUUCUCUUGUGCUGGUCACAAGACAUCAAGUUACUCCCUUCUCUACCCCAUUUCAUUGAUACUACAAUCCCAACCGAGACCGUUCAGACGCCUUCUCUUCUUCCCGCAAACAUCGAUCCUGGUCAUCACCCGGCUGCGAAUAUUUUCACAUCAUGCAAACUCAUUGCGUGGUCCUUAUUACCCUCUUUGCGACCUCGGUCAUUGGCCUCACUCUCGCAACAUACAUGGAUGUAUCACUCACCGAGGAAGGUUAUCUGUGGGGGCGUGCCACUGUCGAAGAGGCGGACAAAGCUGCGGACGCUGCCUGGAAAAUCCACGCAAAGAAGAAAGUUGAUAAUGUGGCGAACCAAGUACGGCACGACGUCUUGACGGAGAUCCACCCUAAAAGCCACCCCGAAAAUGCUGAAGCACAUGCCUUAUCGGAGAAGGCGAGGGACAAAGCAGUGCUCUGGGACAUAGGCACCGACCGCGUUGCCACUGCCUUUGAAAACCAAUACCUGUACCACCCAGACAGGACACCCGAGGACCUCCAAACUGCCUAUGAGAAGAACGAACAAAAUAAGGCAGAAUUCGAGAGUGCCGCAGAGGCGUUCCGCAAAGCGCAUCGCACCCUCACCGUUGUGCGCCAGAGGAAUCCUGUCAUGGUUCAGAGAGCAAUAGAUGAGGCCGCGAGAGCAGAGGCGAGGUUCAAGAAGGCUGUGUGGAAAUAUAAAAGGAGUGACGCUCUUGUCACGCAUAUAACGCCGCCACGGUUGUCACUGUUUGGGGCGCCACGGGGGCCGUCCCACGCACCGAAACCAUCCCACGCACCGGGACCAUCCCACGCGGUGCCAUAG